UAAUAAUGAGGUGUGACAUUUGGUCCAAUUUAAUUCAAGCUCCACUUCUAUUGGUCCAUCAUCCCACAGUUCAUUAAUUUCACUUGCCUCAUACAUCAUCAGAAAAGCUUGCCCGGAUUUUUUUUCAGCAACCGGAAAUGGCAGAAGAAGUAGCUACACAGAAUAAGAGUAUCCUCAAAUCACCAGCACUUCUAGAGUACAUCUAUGAAACAUAUUGUUAUCCAGGAGAACAUGAGCAGUUGAAGGAUCUUAGAGAAGCCACUGUCAAGAAAUAUAAACUACGGAGUAUUAUGGGCGUGCCUGUGGAUCAAGGACAGUUUAUGUCGAUAUUUUUGAAAGUGAUGAAUGCAAAGAAGACUAUUGAAAUUGGAGUUUUUACUGGUUAUUCUCUUCUUACCACUGCUCUUGCUCUUCCUCAUGAUGCCAAAAUAACAGCUAUUGAUCUAAAUAGAGAAGCCUAUGAAAUUGGAUUACCGUUCAUUCAGAAAGCUGGUGUUGACCAUAAAAUAAAUUUUAUUGAGUCGGUAGCUUCUUCUGUUCUUGAUGAUCUCGUUAACAAUGAAAAAGAAGUAGGGAGCUUUGACUUUGCAUUUAUCGAUGCUAACAAAGAUGAGUACAAACAAUAUCACGAACAACUUGUAAAGCUGAUUAAAAUUGGAGGAGUAAUUGCAUACGAUAAUACUUUAUGGUUUGGAACUGUGGCCCUUUCUGAUGAAGAAGAAAUGAUUAUGAAGGAUGAUUUUGUAAAAGCAAAUAGAAAAAUCACGAGAGAAGUCAAUACCUUUCUAGCCAAUGAUAAUCGAUUUGAGAUAUCUCUUGUUUCUAUUGGAGAUGGACUCACCAUCUGUAGACGUCUCUAUUGAUUAAGAGAUCCGAGAAAAUGUAACAUUUUUAUGAAGACCUUUCCAAACCACGUGAUACACAUGUAUUUAAAAUAAACUUAUGGUUAAAAUUUAAGUCUUAUUUUUAAUAAAUGAGCUUCUUCAUUGCUACUCUA